AUGGCAGAAGGUCAUUCUUAUGGACCUACCUGUGACCUGUAUGAUUCCGACGAUGACCACCCGGUCACAGACGACCAUACUCCUCCCAAAGUCAAGGCGCAGUUCUUUUACGCUUCUCCUCUGCCCAUAGACGAUCCCUUGUCACCACUGCCUCAAAUCAAUGCCGAGACACUUGCAAAUCAACCACCUCAGCCCUUCUCCUCUCGCGACAAUGCUGCUCUCAGUGAGGCCUGGGAGGGUCUGCGUCAACGUCAGGAAGACUUUAACGUCAGGCCUGGCUCACGAGGCCUCACCCGCAUGUUCUCCUUUCCCAAAUUCCAGAGUGGUCAGGUCCUCACUCCAGAACUGACCUCACCUACCGCCGAAUCGUCAAACCAUGCCUUUGCUACCGUGCCGGACUUCCGAAGCCAGAGUCGAAACAGUGUACCAAGACGUAAAUCCACAAAGAAGUCCUCGAGUAGAAGUCAGAGUCCGGUCAUGACCAGAAAACAAUCAGAAAGAACUGCACCCUUGCCAAGCAAUGUAAUCCUCGGAGGAGAGGUUAUGCUCAACCAGGAGCCAUUAAGAGAGAACGGUACUCGUACAGAUACACGAGUGACAGCGGAUGAAUUAAAGGAAGAGUUGGACUUUGGCUCCAUAACGCGAAAAAAGCAUCGCUCACCUCUUCGGAGCAGGCGCAGGAAUGGCAGCGACAUUUCUCCUCCUGCCGAGAACACUAUUCCGGAGCACGACGAUGCGUCUUCGUUCGACUCAGCCGCAGUACAUCCACAGAUCGCUCAUGAGGCCGAGUCAACUUUCAGUGGUAGACCCUUCGCUCGUGCCCCAAGCACCAGGCAAUUCGCUCCAAGAUUAAAUGGUUCAAGUCCGCUGGCGAGCCCGAGACUAGACAAGUUUCAGCAACAAGAGCCCUUCACCCAAGCACAUGAGUCUGUUCCAGCACAGAAGGAAAAGAAGAGAGCUUUCGUGCCUGUGGGCGUCUCGCGUUUACAUUUGGUUGAGUUUCCCGAUCUUACUAUGAAACCUAUCUACUGGAGUCCUAUCAAUGAUACCUCGCAUGUUAUUCGAGCUACGUGGUUCUACAAAGACAGCAUGCUUCCUGUUCCUGCUGACGUAGCUAAUCGUCUCGAGCUCGGUUAUGAAGAUAUGAAACCAUUUUCAGGCACUUACAAGGACGAACUCGAUGCUUGUAUCGAGCAUGGUGCUGCCGCCGAAAUGAAAGUUGUUUACAAGCUUUGGCCAGAGGAGAAGCCGAUGAGUCGACCUACUUCAGCUCAAAUAGACAAACUAGAUGGAAUUGAUGAGACUGUCAAAGAAGAGCUACCUGAGAAUGUCGAUAAUGUUGCUGUCGAUCUCAGGAUAUCUUCUCAAUCCAAGAGACUGUUUCAGUCAUACAGUGUUGUAUACACAGACGGCAAAAACGCUCAAAUUCUACGUCCUAACGCUUUACCUUCUGUUGGCAGAAACCGGAAGCCAUUGCAUGCCUUGAGGAAGGGUAGACAGCUCGGCAUCGCUGUGGUUCGAGGAUUUGACAGACGGGUAUGGGAAAAGUUGCACUCCUACAAAGCCGUAACAGCUAAAGCUGUGCAUGCCAAAUUUGGUGCUGAGUUGUCCCAGUCAGGAGAUGCGGCUACGCGAGCAAGAAGAAUGUCUUGUCACGUUUGCAACGACAAGCCUACUAGCUCGAAAGUUACCGAUUUGGUUCUAGUCAUUCACGGUAUCGGUCAAAAGCUGUCCGAAAGGGUCGAUAGCUUUCAUUUCACACAUGCUAUUAACGGAUUGCGACGUGAGUUCAACGUGGAGCUGGCCAAAGAAAGUGUGAGGGGCAGCCUGAAGGACAACACCGGAAUCAUGGUACUCCCUGUAAACUGGCGUUUGGGUUUAAGUUUUGACGAGGAGCAGAAGGCACAGGAUGCUGAGAACAAAUACGAGCUGAAGGACAUAACACCAGAAACUCUACCAGCUAUUCGGUCGAUGAUCUCGGAUGUCAUGCUUGACAUUCCUUACUAUAUGUCUCACCAUAAACAGAAAAUGAUUGCGGCUGUAGUUCGAGAAGCAAAUCGAGUGUACAGGUUGUGGUGCAAGAAUAACCCAGGAUUCGACGAAACUGGCCGUGUUCAUUUGGUCGCGCACUCUCUGGGCUCCGCAAUGGCCAUGGACAUACUUUCACAACAACCUACGCAUAUUCCUCGUGACCUCGACCUAAACAACAAUGCACCAAGCGAAACCAUUUUCGAGUUCAAGACCACUACUCUUUUCUGCUGCGGCAGCCCAGCAGGCUUCUUCCUCCUAUUGCACAACGCCAACCUCAUUCCACGUAAAGGACGAUACAAACCAGGCAUGCAACAUGGUGAGGACGAAGCCCAGGGCGUGGCCAGCGACAUCCCACAUUAUGGAUGUCUUGCUGUUGAUAACUUGUACAACAUCAUGCACAAAAACGAUCCCAUUGCAUACCAACAAAACUCCUGCGUCGACAGGCAGUACGCAUCUCUCCUGGAACCAGCCGUCAUCCCCAGCGCGACACAAUCAUUCUUCACCCGCCUUUCAAGCUCCCUCCGCUACGCCCCAACCAGCCGCACAUCCGACGCCUACGGCCACGCCACCACCCUCAAAUCCACACGCCCCGAACUCACACAACUCCCCAGUACAGUCGAGCUCGAAACACACAAUUUCACACGUGAAGAAAUCGCCGAAAAGAGAAUGUACCUCCUCAACGACAACGGUCAAAUCGAUUACUUCCUCUCAUCAGGUGGCGGACCACUAGAAAUUCAGUACAUAAACAUGCUCGGCGCGCACAGCAGUUACUGGACCCUCCCAGAUUUUGUCAGGUUUCUAGUUGUCGAGAUUGGGAGACAGCCCGGACGAGAGAAUACGUUGAAUGUGCUGAAGGCCAGGAAGAAGAGGAAUUAUAGACGGGGUGAAGGGAUAUGA